CGCAGCGAGCCUAUGAAAUGGCUCCACUGUCUCCUCCUCCAACCUACACUAAAGUUGGCCACUUCAACUCCUUCCAACCGGCACGCAGGCUUUAUCAAAACGACCCACCACAAAAGUGUAGCCUACCGAGGAAAAGAAUAAAACACACUUUUUACAAAUUCGUUGAUUUAGCGCAAGGUAUAGGCCUACCCCCUUGAUUUACAAUAACUCCACACACACACACUCACACACACGCGGCAAAAGAGUGUGUGGGGGGGUAUUUUUAGCAAUUUCCUCGCACAAGUGACGAGCAUCGUUUCUCCGUGGAAGGGGUUUUAUACACAAGUUUUUUGGAAUUGGGAUUCGAGCAUAGAGCUGUUGAGCGUUGUUUACAUCUGAAGAACCACUGUCUCUGCGAUCGCAAGAUUUCAUUUUUUUUUUGUUGGAAUCCGGACCUCUGAGUGUGCGAGGUUCUUCCAGGCUGUGUUUGGUGUUGUGCUGAGGAGCUGGAAUGGCUACUUUACCGGGAACUAUGCCGCGCAUGAUGCGCCCUGCGCCGGGCCAGAACUAUCCGCGCACCGGCUUCCCCCUGGAAGUAUCAACUCCUCUGGGCCAGGGUCGCGUCAACCAGCUCGGCGGAGUGUUCAUCAACGGGAGGCCACUGCCCAAUCACAUCCGACACAAGAUAGUAGAGAUGGCCCACCAUGGAAUCCGACCCUGUGUAAUCUCGCGACAACUGAGAGUUUCUCACGGUUGCGUCUCCAAGAUACUGUGCCGGUACCAGGAGACCGGUUCGAUUCGUCCUGGGGCCAUAGGCGGCAGCAAGCCCAGGCAAGUGGCAACUCCCGACGUGGAGAAGAGAAUCGAGGAGUACAAGCGGGAGAACCCCGGCAUGUUCAGCUGGGAGAUCCGAGACAAGCUGCUGAAGGACGGGGUGUGCGACAGAAGCACUGUUCCUUCAGGUGAGGCAUCUUCUGUGAGCUCCAUCAGCCGCGUGUUGAGGGCCCGGUUUGGCAAAAAAGAUGACGAGGAUGAUUGUGAUAAGAAGGAUGAAGAUGGGGAAAAGAAAACAAAGCAUAGCAUCGAUGGCAUCCUGGGUGAUAAAGGUAGGCUAAAUUAAUAACACAGGUUAAAG